CAUCAGUCCUGCUGAUUAGGUAAGGGAGACAUCGGUAACGAUAACGAUCACGUGCACCCGGGUUAUUUUGGCGACGGCCAUGUGACAAGUGGGCCCCUGCCUCCGUGGACACCGCGACUCGUCAACUCUCACGCACGGCGAGAGGGCAAGAACGUUUAAGGGAACAUAUCCGUCUACACGUGGUAUCGUGGACAGGCAUAGACGUUGGGCAAUUCGCCGGCGAAUCACCAGACACCCGGCCUCUCCUGUCUCCCUUCCUCUCCCACCGACAUCUUCUCCGAGCGUACCCGCCUAAUAAACGGCAUACCGGCGCUAAUCUGCGACGAGGCCCGCCUACGUAGGAGGGGAUCGUGACUCCAGCCAGCUCCCUAGCCAUUGGCAGCCCCCAAUAUACCACCGGCGAGCCGGGCCUGUUGAAGCUCUCUUGUAUGGGGAAUCCUCCGCCCGUCCAGCGGGAACUAGCCAAUGGUAGCAGCAGCUAGGCGAAUGAUGAAUGACGGCAGCGCGUCCACCGGAACCACCACCAGCAUCCUCAAGACCCCCACUAGACGCCUUCGGCAACAUGGGUAUUCGCAUCACCUCGUGGAAUGUGAAUGGCAUUCGGAAUCCGUUCGGGUAUCAGCCAUGGAGGGAGAAGCGCACCUUCGAGGCCAUGUUCGACAUCCUCGAGGCCGACGUCGUAGUCAUGCAGGAAACCAAGAUCCAGCGCAAGGAUCUCCAGGAUGACAUGGUCCUAGUGCCAGGGUGGGAUGUGUUCUUCAGCCUACCGCGACAUAAGAAAGGCUACGCCGGCGUGGCCAUCUACACUCGGAACUCCGUCUGCAUACCAAUCCGAGCUGAGGAAGGGAUCAUCGGCGUCUUAUGCCCGCCCAAUUCCUCGACCAAGUUCCGAGAUCUCCCCCCGGACCAGCAAAUAGGAGGCUACCCGCAGCCCGGUCAACUCUCCGGGCUGGUCGACGAGGUGACGUUGGACUCGGAAGGACGUUGCGUCAUCGUCGAGUUUCCCGCUUUCGUCCUCAUCGGAACCUACAGUCCAGCCAACCGCGACGAGAGUCGGGACGAUUUUAGGCUAGGAUAUCUCGAUGCGCUCGACGUUCGUAUACGCAAUCUCGUGGCCAUGGGCAAGCGAGUUAUUCUGACGGGCGACCUCAACGUCAUCAGCGCGCCUAUAGAUACCGCUAACAUUUUCGAGAGGCUUAAGAAGGAAGGCGUCACAGUCGAUGAUUUCUUCGCCAUGCCGUCCCGACGCCUCUUCAACCAGCUUCUCUUUGGGGGGGGGGUACGAGGCCCUAGGGACGAGAACAGGGAAUAUCCGGUAUUAUGGGACCUCGGACGACUCUUCCAUCCCACCCGCGAAGGCAUGUUCACCUGCUGGGAUACCAAGAAGAAUACCCGUCCUUCCAAUUUCGGCAGUCGGAUUGACUACGUCCUGUGCAGCGACAACAUGAAAAGUUGGUUUAGCGACUCGAAUAUCCAGGAGGGGUUGAUGGGAUCCGAUCACUGCCCUGUCUUUGCUACCCUCAAAGACGUAGUGGAAAUUGACGGAAAAGAAGUCCAUCUUAGAGAUAUCAUGAACCCUCCCGGCGUUUUUAAAGACGGGGUCCGGCAUAGGAAUUGGACCAUGAAGGAUCUGCUGCCUAUGUCGGCAAAGCUCAUUCCCGAGUUUGACCGCCGACGGAGCAUUAAGGACAUGUUCUCAAAGAAAUCCGGAGCUUCGACAUCGAAGCAAGCAACGCCGCCCAACGAACCCUCGUUGAGUGCCAAUGAAGAGCCGCCAGUACCCAGCUCGAUGGCUAGCGAAGAUUUCGUCGAGGUUGCACCCUCGCAAUCCGAGUCGACAACAUCGGCGCCUUCUCCAGCGAAAGCGAUAUCUGGUGGUCUCAAACGUACACCCUCCGACGCCGCGUCAACCAACAACAGGCCACAGAAAAAGACGAAGGCAGCCUUGAUUAAGGAAUCUUCAUCCAAGGGACAAAGCAGCCUUAUGGGCUUCUUCAAACCCAAAACUACAGUCGGUUCCGGCGGGAAUUCUAGGGGUGAUUCUAGUGGGAAUUCCAAUUCGGAGGAAGGCGACGACCUCGGUGGACCGGACGGCGCCUCAGAUAUCAGGGCGGCGGCAGAACCUAACGAUGAGGGCCAACCGAAAGCCACUUCCCAAUCGGACAAUUCAGAGAAAGUGUUCGAUCCCAUCGAGUCCAAGGAAUCCUGGACCAAACUGUUAGGUAAAAGAGUGUUGCCCAAAUGCGACCACGGGGAGGACUGCAUCAGCCUAGUGACUAAGAAACCCGGUGUCAAUCGAGGGAGAUCAUUCUUCAUAUGCCCUCGACCACUCGGUCCAUCGGGCGAGAAGGAGAAAGGGACAGAGUGGCGAUGUGGCACAUUCAUAUGGAGUAGCGACUGGAACGCUUCUCGGUCUGAAUGAGAAGAUCUCAUGAAUCUAGGCCUGCAUAUACCUUGCCAUUAUCGCCUCGACAACAUCCGCGCCUACUUACCGCCUUACCCCUAAUGAGACCCUUGGUACUAUGCAAAGAAUAAGACUCUUGAUAUUGUACACACGGAUCUUACCUCUCAAGGAUUCUCCUCAU